AAGCAGAGUUAUAUCCACAGCCAUGUCUGCGGCUGUAGCGGCGGUGUAAACAAACCGACACGUCACCAGGACGUGACGUCACCAGGAAGUGACGUCAUUAAACCGCGACACCGUUGUUUUGCAGAGCAGAAGGGGGGAAAUAGCCUUAUAAUCUUCCUUAAAGGUUUUCCGCCUUAAAAUUAGUAGUAGCGUGUAUACGACCUCAUAUUUUAGGAUGUAAGAAUGACUUAAUUUUGGGGUUAUUUAUUCUUGAUUCAGAUUUUGUUCUUUCCUGUGUGGUAUUAUUGUGCUCCAAAGAUAUAAUAAGCUGUAAUUAUCAGAUACUAUUUAAUCAUGCCAUUCCAACUAGAGGCAAUGUCUAGCAGGAAGCGUAGACCCAACUGGACAGACCAGGAGUGUUAUCUUCUCGCUCAGCUGGUGCAUGAAAGGAAAGAAGUCAUCAGAGGGAAGUGCAUCACUGGUUUAUAUGACAAACGCCAGGCUUGGGAAGAGAUAGCCCACACAAUCAACACGGCUUUCCCACAAAUGCAAAGGACCGUGUCCGACUGCAGCAAAAAGUGGGAGAAUCUGCUGGCGAAAUCCCGGGAGGAGAUCAAGAGACAGAAGAUGCAAGCAGGUGCAGAUGAUGACGUGUCUCUGGAUCAGUUCAGCGCCCUGACCCAAAUAGCCAUUUCAGUCAUGAACCCUGCAGCGCUUCAACAAGACGAAGAAGACUCGACGCCGUUUGAUAUCAUAGAAAGUCAACACAACAGUGGUGAUAAAGAUGGAACAUUCCCAACAGAACAUCUUAAAAGUAAACACGAGCAGGCAGAUCCUGUCCUCCCGGGCUACGCUUCAGACCCAUCGGGACAAAAAACGACAUCUUAUUCCAUCAUCCCCAAGUCACUCGGCGUACAGUUUAGCACUCUUUAUCCUGCGGCGUCUGGAGAACAGUCCCACUCCCCCUGCUCGCCGUGUGCACCCGCAGCGCACUGCAGCACCUUGUUGCAGGACAGAAUAGACCUGGAAAUGUCUGUGCUGAGAAGACAGGAAGCGGUCCUCAAGCUGCAGGAGGAAUAUUAUACACUCAAAAUCAAGCGGAUGAAGGCGCAAAUGGCAGACUGUCCUCUGCAAGACUGAAACGUCGCCACCUGUGUUGUCAUUGAUUUGUAAUCGUUGAAUGAUUGUUGAUUAUUUGUGUGGUGUAGGAUCUACAAACCCCGUUUCCAUAUGAGUUGGGAAAUUGUGUUAGAUGUAAAUAUAAACGGAAUACAAUGAUUUGCAAAUCAUUUUCAACCCAUAUUCAGUUGAAUAUGCUACAAAGACAACAUAUUUGAUGUUCAAACUGAUAAAAAAAAUUUUUUUUGCAAAUAAUCAUUAACUUUAGAAUUUGAUGCCAGCAACACGUGACAAAGAAGUUGGGAAAGGUGGCAAUAAAUACUGAUAAAGUUGAGGAAUGCUCAUCAAACACUUAUUUGGAACAUCCCACAGGUGAACAGGCAAAUUGGGAACAGGUGGGUGCCAUG